AUGACGAGCACUAUCGGCAUCCCAAUCAAGCUCCUCAACGAGGCAGCAGGUCACAUUGUCACACUUGAAAUCACAUCUGGCGAAGUCUACCGCGGCAAGCUGAUUGAAGCCGAGGACAACAUGAACGUACAGCUGAAAGACAUCACUGUAACCGCCCGCGACGGCCGCGUCUCACAUCUCGAACAAGUAUACAUUCGAGGAAGCCAUGUGCGAUACUUCAUCGUUCCAGACAUGUUGAGGUAA